AUGGCACCUGUGCGACAUAAAAUAUCAGCAGCUACGGGUUCCUCCUCUUCGAACGGCCACCAUCACCAGAAUUUACAGAAGAGCAAGAGACUACCACAUCGCCAAAAACCUUACGAGGAUGGGGCUUCCUCAGCCGCCCUACCGGGUGUACAGAAAGUAAAGGCGGCAUUGAGACAGACGAGACGACUCUUGGCAAAGCAGGAAAACCUCGCUGCUGAUGUACGCACGACAACAGAGCGUAGGCUGAAAUCACUCGAAGCGGAUUUAGCCCAGGCAGAACUCGCGAGGAAGGAACGCACAUUGGCUGCGCGAUAUCAUGGUGUAAAGUUUUUCGAGCGCCAGAAAGUGACGAGACGAGUACAACAAGUCAAGCGUCAGUUGGCAGAAUUGCAGGAAAAUGUCAAAGGCAAGGAUGACAAGAAGAAAAGCGAUGGGAAAGAACUCGAGAAGCUCGGAAGGAAACUUGAGCAGCUCAGGGUGGAUUUAAAUUACACAAUCCAUUAUCCCAAAUUGAAGAAAUAUAUCUCUUUGUUCCCCCCUGAGCUUCGCUCACAAUCGCAUACGCACCCGGAACCGUAUCCACACACUUACUCCCGUCCGGAUCGGGACGGCAAAAAACCGGAGAAUGAGACAGACGCGCAGAGAGAAGAGGUGCGGGCUUGGGUUCGAGAGCAGAUGGCCGCCGGUGAGAUGAGUGCUGAGCCAGAAUUGGAGAGACAACCAGGAGCUCCAAAACGGACAAAUCCUACGAAGGCAAGUUCGUGGAGCGAGGUUAUCCAUACCGCAAAAGUAUCUAGCUCGAAACACAAAGCAAAACUAUUACCAUCCAGUGCCAAGAGCAUUAUAGCUGGCCCCAGUGGGAAUGUUACUCAGCAGGACGCUUUCUUCGGAGAUGAUGAAGAAGAUGGUGACGGAAUGAAAGAAGACGAAGAGAGUGAGAUCAUGGGCGGCGGAGGAGAUUCUGAUUCAGACGAAGAGGAAGAGGAUGUAGACGAAGACUAG